AGACAGUUACUUCACCACCUACACAAACUACAAUCCAACCUACAGUUCAUCCCAAAUCAACAACUGUAUCACAACUUACAACCCAACCUACAUUCUCAACAACUGCCCAGCCUGUAACUUCUUCACAACCUGAACAAAGUGCAAUCCAAACUUUAAUUACAGCUACAUCUCAACCCAACUCAGAAUUAACCCAACCUCAGAGUACAAAAAUAUCUGGAAUGCAGUCUAAAAUUACAACUCAACCAUCGACAUUUACCACAACCAUCCAUGGUACCAAUGGAGUCCAGACCACAACUACAUCCCACCCAAUAUCAACUACAAUCCAGUCAAGAACAACAUCAAACCCUGGAAUAGCUACAACAGUCAAACAGCCAACAAUUACAACCCAGCAGAUUACAACAGCUACAACUGAGACUACAACAACUCAGCCGACAACAACAAUACAACUGACAACAAAUUUACCCCAACCUACCAGUACAAUCCAAGCAACAUUUGUAUCUGCAAGCAAAUCUACAACUACAACCCAGCCUACAACUCCUACAAUCCCACCCACUGCAAUUACAACUCAGUCUACAGCUGGAACUACAUACCAACAACUACAUACCAAACCAACUUUUACAAACCAAAUAACUACACAACAACUUUCAAUCGGAACAACCCAGCUUACAUCUGCUGCAACCCAACCUACGACAAAUGUGAUCCAGCCUUCAACCUCAACUGUAACCCCUGCUCCAACUGUAGCCCUCCCUACGCUUACAACUACAGCACAGUCUAUAGCUACAUCCCCAUCGAGAGCUACUACAAUCCAAUCUACAAUAUUAGCCACUACCCCACCUACAAUGACUGCAACCCAGCCUACAUCUUUAACUAUAUCUGCACCUACAACCCAACCAAAAACCAAUGCAGCCCACUCUAUAUCUACAACUGCUACCCCAACUACAACACCAAACCAACUUGCUGUCACAACUACAACCACAUCUCAACCUGAAACAACACCUUUACCACUCACAACUAUAGUGGCAGUCAGAUUUUCCAGUUCAGAAACAUUUGAUUCUUUAUUGUCUGACAAAAGUUCAGAUCUCUAUAAAAAACGAGAACAAACAGUCAAAAAGGAGUUUGAACCAAUCUUUAAAAAAGCAUUCCUGUCUUUCAUCAGAUUGACAGUGCUUGGUUUCAGUUCUGGAUCAGUCAUCACGACUAUGGAUCUGGAAUUCAAGAAAGACAGUCUUUUACCGAAUGACAAUGAGAUCAUAAGAACUAUCACCAAUGCCAAUACUACGUUUAAUAUCACCAGCGCACAAGUCAUGCCAAAAGCUGACCUUUCCACUACCACCAAACAUACCACAACCAUGACCAAGCCCACUACAUUAAAGCCAACCACCAAACGUCAAGCAACAACAGUGACAACAAAAAUACCAAAAACAACAGCCACAACCACUACCACCACGCCAGCAACAACAACAACAGCAACAACAACAACAACAACCACCACCACCACCACCACCACCACCACCACCACAACAGCAACAACAACAACAACAACAGCAGCAGCAGUUCCAACAAGCCCUCCACCAGUUGUAUUCAUAGAGUUGGUCAUUUUAGUAAUAUAUUCCACAGCACUUGAAGACACACAGAGCGUGCCAUUUAAGAACCUAGCAGAAAAAGUUCAAAAUGAGUGUGACAAAGUAUACAAACUGAAGUAUGGAAAUCUUUUCAUCAGAACGAUUGUGAUUGCAUUCAGACGUGUUAGCAAAACCCGAGCAGAAGAAAACGUACAGGCAGAGCUUGAAUUAGUGUUUAGCCAAACGUCCACUGAACCGAUCCCCAGCAACACUGACAUUGUGGAGACUCUGAAAGAAGCAGCUGCAACUCCGACUUCAGGCUUCAACCUCAGCAUUGAUGUCACCUCUAUUGCUGUCAUCAAAUCAUUGCAAAUAAUUCCACUGACAAUCCUCACCAAUGGAACCUUUGUGGCUGCUCUUUCCAAUAAAAGUUCUGCUGAAUUUCAGAUCAGGGCUUCGAUGAUCAAAACAGGGCUUGAACCUUUCUUCUUUGCUGACUACCCUACAUCUUUCAGCAUCUUAUCCUUAAAGAACAUCAGCGAAGCCAGCGUAAAAUCAAGGAGUGUGCCCACGCUCCAAAACACCAUGGAUCUUGCAUUUGGAGCAGACACCGUUCUACCCAAUAGCACCCAGAUAGUGAACACUAUAGUUCGAGCAGCCAGAAACAACACGUUGCCCUUCCAGAUCUUCACUUCUUCAAUUGUGGUAAAUGGGACAGCAUAUUCAUCAGGCGAAGUCAGCAGCAGGAUCAGUGUGUUGACCGCUUCAGUCCUGGUUGCUGUGUCCCUUCUGGUUCCACGGUUUAACUUACUAUAACCAGUAUAACUGAUUCAGACAGGUCUGAAUCUUGCCUUCCACGUCGGCUCAAAUGAAGGACUCGCACAUUUAAACGAGACCCUGAAAUGCAACCAAUUUCAGCUCUGGUACCUUCAGAACAGGCUAAAUCAUCUCUAGUCAUACAAGCACUUUCAGUAAUUUGUUAUUUUUUCUGUAAAAUAGACUCAAAAAUAGUUAAAUCAUAUUGUCAUUGGUUUCUUUUCUGAUGAAUGUAAUCUGCGAAUCAAGGGGCAGUUCUUUAAAGUCAUUCAUUUAUUGUUUGUUAAUUCUGUAUGUGCUGACAUUGGAUCAGUAAAACACUUUACAAUCUACACAAGUAUAGUAGGUUGUAAGCUAUGUCAGCCUCAUUUUCAGCUAAAUGCUACUGUAAUAUAUAUAUAUGUAAUAUAUAUAUAUAACCAUUUCUGUCAUAUUUAAAGAUAAACUCUGGUAAAACUCGUUACAUUUAUUUAUUGAUCUAUAAAAUUCAAAUUGUAUUGAUUUAUUUAUUUUUUGGCUUCUCCAUUUCUGUUUUGUUUUCUCAGCCGUCUUAUCUAUCAUCAGAUUCUACUGUAUAUCUCCUCCCACAUCACGUCUGUCCAGUUCUUUGUUGAUUCAUUGAAUUUUUAAAAUAUUGAAAACACAGACUUAAGUAAACGGCUC